CGGACACAAUAGACUACACCUCGACCACGGGGGCAGCAAACAUCACAGACAAUCUACCACAACCAGCAUCGCGGCGUCAUGGCGGCGGUUUCAAGCAACACGGGCUGGGCCCAGUUACGGCAGCAGGCACGGAGCCUGGAGACACAGACAGAGACGUUAUUCCACACCUAUUCUCAGUUUUCGACGGUAGCAGAUAUUCCAGCGAAGCCCACCGAAGAGGAAAGGACAACAGAGGCGAAGCUGCAAGACCUCCUUGACAGACGUGAAAAUGUCAUUUCCCAACUCUCUCGCCUUCUCGACUCAGAAGCCACCCUCACCUCCUCCGCCCUGAAGCAGAACAACCUCGCCCUCCUCCGCGAGAAGCUCGCCGAGCACAAGCGCGACCUCGUGCGCCUGCGGAACACCAUUGCCCAGGCCCGCGACCGCGCCCACCUGCUCACCAAUGUACGCUCCGAUAUCGACGAAUACCGCGCCAAUAACCCUGAGGCUGCGGAGGCCGAGUACAUGCUCGCAGAACGCAGCCGCAUCGACAACAGCCACAAUAUGGCCGAUAGCGUCCUGUCACAAGCUUACGCCGUCCAGGACAGCUUCAACAUUCAGCGCGAGACCCUCGCCAGCAUCAAUCGCCGUAUAACUAUGGCCGCCAGUCAAGUCCCAGGUCUCAACAGUCUCAUCGGCCGCAUCUCUGCUAAGAAGCGCCGGGACGGCAUCAUCAUGGGCGUCUUCAUAGCCUUUUGCUUCCUCUUGUUCUGGUGGUUCAUGUAGUCAAGGCGAGGAGUGUGGCAUGUUCUCGUAAUUCUUUUUCUGUUUUAGGAAAAGACGAUGACGGUUAUUUGUACGUUUGUUUACGUUUCUUUCCAACAAGCCGUUACGACUGGGGACAUUAUCGGGCAUAAGGGAAUUGCGGGGGCGUUUUUUGGGAUUCUGUUGACGUUUUCUUCUCGAAUUGAGGGUAUCUUUGGUGCAUAUUGUACACUAAAAGAACACAGGUAUUUGUUGGGAAAAGAGCCAGAUCAUGUGCGACGACCUGGCUUCCACAUGCUAUUGGCUU